AUGGAGGUGCCACAGGAGGAGGUCACUGUGGAAAAGGCACUAGUGCUUGAAACAUCCUCAGAGGGUCCGGAAGAGGAGAAGGGGCUGGAACAGGAGGAUGUGGAUUCAGGGAAUGCUGGUCAAGGUCUGGCGGCCGACGUUCCCAAAGGACCAGGAAAAGUAGAUUCAGAAAAGCCAGAGAAGGACUCGUGCGUGGGCCGGCUGGCAGCCUGCCAGCGAAAUGCCACCCGGGAAUUCUACUCCUGCCCCAUGUGCAGCAAAAACUUCCUGCUGAAGAUCAACUUCCUCAUCCACCAGCACAGCCACAGCAAGUCGGCUCCCUACUUCUGCGUGCACUGCGACCGCCACUUCAUGUCCAAGAAGAAAAUCAGGCGGCACCUGCGGGCCUGGGCGGCCAGCGGGACGUGCCAGCCCUCGGAGCCGGAGCCGUGUCCCAGCCGGACACCGUGUCCAACCACCCAGCCCCAAACACAGGUGGCCAACGGGACGUGCCAGGCCCCGGAUGCUCAGGUGUGUCCCGGGCAGGUGCCGUGCCCGACAUCCCAGCCUCAGGCCCUGGUGCCCAACGGCACCUGCCAGCCCUCGGAGCCUGCGGUGUGUCCCAGCCAGGUGCCGUGCCCGACAUCCCAGCCCCAAAUCUUUGUGGCCAGUGGGACCUGCCAGGGCUCAAAGCCAGAGAAGUGUCCCAGCUGGACACUGUGCCCAACGUCCCAGCCCCAAACCUGGGCAGCCAACAGGCUGUGCCAGCCCUUGGAGCUGGAGGCGUUUCCCAAUCAGACACCGUGCCCACCAUCCCAGCCCCAAGCCUGGGUGGCCAAUGGGACCUGCCAACCCCUGAAUCAGCCAGAGGCGUGUCCCAGUCGGACACCGUGCCUGACCUCUCAGCCGCAAGCCCUGAGCAGGGACUGUGGCGCGGUGUGGGAGAAGCCCAGCCCUGCCAGGUGCCCUCUGUCCCCUGGGAAAAUGCUGUACACAUGCAGCGAGUGCCUGGAGAACUUCUCCAGCCAGAGCUUCCUGACGGUGCACCAGCGCCGGCACUCCGGCCGCCACCUCAUGCUGUGCCCCUGCUGCAACCAGAGCUUCACCUGCAUCUCCGACUUCGUCCGGCAGCACUGGGCGCACACGGGCGUCCGGCCCCACCAGUGCGGGAUCUGCCAGAAGACUUUCAAGAGGUUCUACCACCUCAAGGUGCACCGCAGGACCCACAUGCGGCAGAACCGGCCGCUCCCCUGCGCCGCCCCGCUGCCCGUCCUGGCGGGAACCGCACCAGGAGACGGGGUGGGAAGCCAGGGUGUGACCUCCCAGGGGUGCUGUGCUGCUGCUGGACCCUGA